AUGGCACAAUCCGAGGACCCGUCAAACAGCCAUGACACCAACCAUGAUAACAAAACGACGACAAUGUGGGGGAUUAUCCUCUGUGUCGUAGUUAUUCUCGUCAUCUGCAUCAUUUGCUUCGUACACUGGCUUCUGCGAAAUAAUCAUAUGCCACGGCCUCUGGAAACACAGCUUCCGCGGUUUCGAACGAGCUCCGGUCUGGGAAAGCUCGCCGUGGAGAGCAUGCCCACCGUGACUUAUCAUCACCGGAUACACUCGAAACAGAUUCACACGCAAGCUCAAAUGUCCUCAUACAUGUUUCGAAAGCAACGAAAACCAAAACUCGAAAAGUUGCAGCGCUAUUUCACUAUGCCCAACUUGUCGAUCCGUUCUCCAAACGUCAGCGACCGAAGCACACGCCAGGCAGAUGAGCGUACUUCUCCGGCGUGUUCUAUCUGCACUGAAGAUUUCAUUGAGGGAACAAGUCUAAGAAAGUUGCCGUGCGGCCACCUCUUUCAUCCACAAUGCAUCGAUCCGUGGUUGAUUGGAAGAUCGCGGACUUGCCCAUUAUGUCGCGUCGAUCUGGCUACUUUAAUUAACUUGACGAAACCACAAGCGGUGCAUUCGUUCGCUGCACGAGAACGUGCGUAUCAUUCGCAGGCUACAAGAUAA